UUAGCAUGUGAAACGCAUCAGUUGUGUUUGUGUCACUUCCUGGUGUUUGCAGCUUGUACAUAUUGUUAAUAUUUUUUGCUGAGAAAGGCUGCAGUUGGUCAUUAGAGGAACAAAGUAGACAUCACAUGACCUCUGAUCUAGUUUUGUCAGCACAAAAUGUGGUUGAGAUGUUCAACAAAAAAAUAAUAGUAUGAAAACAGCACUUUGUGCACAAGAUAUACAAUGGAAUGUUUGAAGAUAUGCUUUCUUGUUAUUCUAGUUCCAGGUCCAGUGACUGGUGAUGGCAUGUGGUCCCACUCACCUCCUCCUCCAGGACAGGAAAGUUGGGUCAGUUUUACAGCAGACACACCACCAUCCAGCACGCUCCCAGCAAUGCACCCCUCGUCAGUCCAGGAAAGCACAACGAUACGAACGGUGGCCUCAGCUGCAACGACCAAUGAGAUCCAGAGACAGUCGAGCACCUACGAUGAUCCGUGGAAGAUCACAGAUGAGCAGCGACAGUAUUACAUUAACCAGUUCAAAACCAUUCAGCCUGACCUCACUGGUUUCAUACCAGGUUCAGCAGCAAAAGAGUUCUUCACCAAAUCAAAACUACCAAUUUUAGAGUUGUCACAUAUUUGGGAGCUGUCGGACUUUGAUAAAGACGGAGCGCUGACCUUGGAUGAGUUCUGUGCCGCCUUUCACCUGGUUGUAGCCAGGAAGAACGGCUACGACCUCCCCGAGAAGCUACCUGAGAGCCUCAUGCCAAAGCUGAUUGACCUGGAUGAUUCAGCAGAAGUCCCAGAGUCGACUGCUGAUGUUGGAUACUCUGCAUCGCCAGUGGAAGUGACCCCCAACAAAUCUCCCUCCAUGCCUUCACUCAACCAGGCGUGGCCAGAGAUGAACCAGAGCAACGAGCAGUGGGAGACGUUUAGCGAGCGCUCCUCCAGCUCACAAACUCUGACCCAAUUUGACUCUAACAUUGCACCAGCUGACCCUGACACGGCCAUUGUUCACCCAGUUCCCAUCCGAAUGACGCCCAGUAAGAUCCACAUGCAGGAGAUGGAGCUGAAGAGGACUGGCAGCGACCACAACCACCCGACCAGUCCUCUGCUGGCUAAACCUCCGGAACUGUCUGAAGAAGCCAAAUUACCUGCCUCUAUGAAGUUUGUAGCCGCCAACGCUGUAGGUGAUGGUUACAGCAGUUCAGACUCCUUCACCUCUGACCAGGAGCCAAUCACCAGACAAAGGUCUCAGUCAGGUACGUCUCCAGAGGCACUCAAGGUGGUAGCCCCGCCUCCCCCUCCCCCUCGCCCCCACCCCUCCCACUCUCGCUCCUCGUCUCUGGACAUGAACCGCACCUUUGCUGCCACGUCUGCAACAGGACAACCACAGUCCUCUACGAUAGCCUACCCUCCUGCUGUGCCACCUCGACCGCUACCCACACAGACGUCAGCACCACUCACUGGGCAUCGUGUGGAGGCUGAGGGUGUAUCGGGAGGCGGGGCGGUGCUCACCACCACCUCCCCACAGCAAAUUCCUCAGCAGCCAAACUUUGCAGACUUCAGUCAGUUUCAGGCCUUUGCUGCUUCUGAACAGCCCUCCAGCCUGCCAGAGGUCGACAAACAUAGCGAGGCAGGACAGGCGGACAAGGCACCAGAGGGCGCUGGUCCUUUAAGAACAGUUAAAAGUGACGGCCAAGCAGAUGAGAGAGCCUCAGCUACAGUCAACUCUACAAAAGGCUCAUCUGGCCCUCUAGCUCCUCCACCAAAACCUGUACGUCGGAGGUUGAAGUCUGAAGACGAGCUAAGACCAGAAGACGAGCAGCACGGUCCACAGAAGUCAAACGUCAUAGCUGCUGUCCUGGCCACUCAGCCCUCCAUCCCCAGGUCAGUCGGAAAAGACAAAAAGGCAAUUCAAGCUUCAAUCAGAAGAAACAAGGAGACAAACACAGUUCUGGCACGACUUAAUAGUGAACUGCAGCAGCAGCUGAAGGACCUGCUUGAAGAGAGGAUAUCCCUGGAAGUCCAGCUGGAGCAGCUCAGACCUUUCUCUCAUCUUUAACCAAUGUGUGGAGGAAAACUCUGCUGUAGAUCAUCAGAAGCAAGACUGUGGCCCUCGAUGUGACUCCCUCCUCCCUCCCUCCCUCCCUUCCUCCCUCCACUCUUUUGUCCUUUCGUCAUCCCAGCUUUUUACCCGGAGGCACAGACCUGCCGCAGGGUGUCCCGUUAAAACGCUCAUCCUCAAAUCACACACUGAUCAAUCGUAAACCGGACAGACCUGAGAGCACAGUCUCACCAACGGGAGGAGGCGACAGGAGGGGAUUUAACAAAACUGGCACUUUUCAAUUUUUUCUAAAGAGGGGCGAAAGUGAGGAUGACAGCAAACUGAGAGACGGUUAGAAGCGUCGGACGUGACGCUCCAACUUUAAGUCUGGUCUGAAGACGAACUGCUGGGGUCUGAUUACUUAACUCUCUGAAUGACUGAAGAAGAAACGCAGAGUGUAUUUGUUGUCUGUGUGUGACUGUUUGUGCAUUUGUGUUCCUGUUCAGUGACUUACUCGGAGGCUAGUGUCAGUAUGUUUGACACUGCUGCACCAAACUCCCUUUAAGUGUCGGGUAAUUUAAAGAAAUGUCAAACAAUUUGGGGAAAUACCUAGCCUAACUUAGCCUAAAGACGAACACACUUAAAAGUUAAAUGACAUUUUGUGGUUGUAAGGAUAUUUGUGGGGAAAACCUUCUGAAAAAAUCCAGUCAUUUCCCAAAAUGUUCAAAGCUGUACUUUAAAUGUCACUAUUAUCGUACAUAUACAGAACUGGACAAUAGUCAGCUGUUUUGAAGGCGUUUGUUUUUUAAGUAUCCUCAGAGAUAGUCUGUUCUGCUGAACAUUUGCUGCCUGGUUGUCCUUGGAUGUACACUAUUUUGCAAAAAUCUGAAAGAGGCUUGGAAAACAAGAAGAAAGUAGUGAUAAAUUGACAUUUUUUUGAAUGGAGUUUGGUGUAUUCACCUCCUUUGUAAAACGUACUGGACAACUUCCGUUCAGGACUUCUGGAGUGUAUGUUUUGUGUGAGGCCUUUAGUGGCUAAAUCAUCAUGGUGAAGGCUUUUUGACUCAUCCUGUGACAUAAAUUCAGCCUACCUUCCUCCUAUUACUGCCCCUUCAAGUCUCUACAUAUAUGUGUGUGUGUGUGUCUGUGAGAAAGUGUUGUGUCUUGUUUUUUUUCCAUGUUACACAGUGUUUGAGGAUUGAUGUGACUGAAUGGUUUAACUUUAUGCCAAAUGACUGAACUAUCACUCUCACCUCUACUUUGGCUGUGUGUUGAGGGAAAAUGCAACCUCUCCUCCCUUCCUACUAGGUUUUCUUGAUUUAGUUUCAAACAUAGCUGUGGCUCAACAUUUCAGCUUACUUUUUAAUCUCUUACUCUUGAACGCUGCGGUUAUGUUCGAUCUUUAACUUCACCUGUUUUGGACAGCGUUUGCUCGAAACAGACGUUCACUUGAAAGGUUUGAAGAUGUUCCAGCUGCUUGACUGCGGGUUUAUGAAGAAUCGUGUUGCUGAUCAGGGAGACGUUUUCCCUGCGAUUUCUCUUCAGAUUCAAACUGAUGGCGCAGGUAGAGUUGAUUUAAAAAUUCAGCUGUUUUUCCAAUCAGGCAGUCAGCACUAUGCAAGUACGGGCGAUACAUCCUCACAGACCAACUAUACUUAGCUGUUUGUACUUUGAUAGUAGCAACUGUGUGAGCAGUAUACUGUUUUUUUUUUUUUUUUUGGUAUCGUAGAUCUUCCAGAACCAUCUACUGUAUGUUUGUGACUCAUUUUGCCUUUUUUUUUUUUUUUUUGGUACUGACGAGCGGUCCGCUUCCCCCUGCUUCCGCUCCAGAGGGAAGUAAAGUCCAGAUCAGUGUUUUUAUCAGGGCAGUUUCACCUGAAGUCUGCAAGAUAUGACCCUUGCUGGGUGUAGAUGAAGCUUAACAGGAGACCAGUCAACAGAAUGGGAGACCUGAAUGACCCAACUGCACUUUGAACCGAACCUCCCUUCCUCCCCCCCACACACACACACACACCAAUCUCCCUCAUUAUUUCUUUUAUUUGUUACGUUCCUCUUUGCUUACUUUUAACCUGCAUGUUUGUUCUUGUCUCUCACAUUUAUUUAAAAAAACAAAGACGCUAUAAGAAGAAAAACACGACGAACCACUUGAGUUUUAUUUCUUCAGUACAUCCUAGAAACUGUAAGGUUUUUGUGCCAGUGUCCUAAAAUGUCCUAUUUUGUUUGGUCAAUUCACUUUUUUUUUAUGAAUGUUUUGUCCCUGUGUGUUGGUGAAGCAUCAGUCUUCUUCUAAAGCCUUACUCCCCCCCCAGACUGGCGUUCAGGUUUCCACAGUGGCUGACUGACCUCUCUUCCUUGUUGUAUCAAGGCUCGCCUUCUUUUUUCUGCUGUUGAGGACGAUGAUGUACUUGGUGUGUAUGUGUGCGUGUGUGUGCGCGUGUUCUAUUGUUUGCAGACCUGGAACUAAUACCAUUUAAAACCCUAUUAAACACCUUUGAGUGGGAUUGAUUGAUGUUUGCUAGCACAACAGCUCCCCUCUUCAUCCCUAAACCCCAAAAGGCAAUCCAGGCAGGCAGAAGCAAUCAAGUCAUUACUGAGGUCUCUGAUGGGAUUUUGAAUGCUAUUUGCUCCCAGAUCUGUGUUGUAUAUUGUAUAUGAUACACACUUUUGGACUCAUAUGUAAAUUUGCAUUAAUUGCUGACUAACAGCGAAAGAAUAUUCUAUUUAAUUCCUUCUCUCUUGGCUGUGGGAUCCUAGAUGUUUAACUGCAUGGAUGUACUGUAUCUCUGCAGAGUCAACUAGCAGCUGUGUGAUUUUUACACAAAAAUAAAAAACGGCACAAUAUUUUAAA